GCCAGUCGCCGUCCCUUCGGCUCCGAGCUGACCCAGAGGAGGGCAGUGUCGCCUGGGCGGCGCUGCGGAGACCUCCACCCAGGACAGCUCCCCCUCCCCGGGCCUCUCCCCUUUCGCCCGCGAAUCCCCUGGGCCUCGUAGGUCUCCCGGAUCUGAUAUCGUGGGCUGAGGUGCGAGCAGGCCCGGGGAGGGUGAUUAGCGCUGAGGAGCCGCAUUCGUGAUCAAGAUGAUAGAGGUACUGACAACAACUGACGCUCAGAAACUGCUACACCAGCUGAAUGCCCUGUUGGAUCAGGAGCUGAAAUGUCAGCCAAAGGUCUGCGGCUUGAGACUCAUUGAAUCGGCACAUGAUAACGGCCUCAGGAUGACUGCAAGGCUAAGGGACUUUGAAGUAAAAGAUCUUCUGAGUCUAACUCAGUUCUUUGGCUUCGACACCGAGACAUUUUCUCUAGCUGUGAAUUUACUGGACAGGUUCCUGUCCAAAAUGAAGGUACAGCCCAAGCACCUUGGGUGUGUUGGACUGAGUUGCUUCUAUUUGGCUGUAAAAUCAGUUGAAGAGGAAAGGAACAUCCCAUUGGCAACCGACUUGAUUCGAAUCAGCCAGUAUAGGUUCACAAUUUCAGACCUGAUGAGGAUGGAAAAGAUUGUGCUGGAGAAGGUGUGUUGGAAAGUCAAAGCUACUACUGCCUUUCAGUUUCUGCAGCUCUACUAUUCACUCAUUCAAGAGAGCUUGCCAUUUGAAAGGAGGAAUAGCCUUAAUUUUGAAAGACUAGAAGCUCAACUUAAGGCAUGCCACUGCAGGAUCAUAUUUUCUAAAGCAAAGCCAUCUGUGUUGGCAUUGUCUAUCAUUGGAUUGGAGAUUCAAGCACAGAAGUGUGUCGAGUUAACCGAAGGAGUGGGAUGUCUUCAGAAACACUGCAAGAUAAAUGGCAGAGAUUUGACCUUCUGGCAAGAGCUCGUAUCCAAGUGUUUAACUGAAUAUUCGUCAAACAAGUGUUCCAAACCAAAUGUUCAGAAGUUGAAAUGGAUUGUUUCUGGGCGUACUGCACGGCAGUUGAAGCAUAGUUACUACAGAAUAACCCACCUUCCAACAAUUCCUGAAACGGUCCCUUAAUUGGAUGUUACAGCAACAAAAACCUGAAGCCUUUCUCCACAAUCCUGAGCUAUGGAUUCCAGAAUGUCGUCAUGGAUUUAAGCUGUGAAGCCUCAAAACAUCACAACUAGAUUAGCACUCAUGUUGUCAGAUUUGGGAAAACUGCUUAAUUAACAUUACACUGUAGUGGAAUUAUGCUUAAAUUUGACUUCAUCCGUGAGGCACACAAAGCAAGCCAAGUGCAUGAAUGUGAGUUGUUAAUGACAGCCUGGAAAGAUAUACUGUGAAUCUUCAUUUUUAACACUCCAACUUUCUAUAUCAGGUCAAUAUAUUUAGGUGGUAUUAAAAAUGGUAAACGUUAACUUUUUUAAAUUAUGAGUUUUACCUCCAACAUUUCACAAAUGCACUUUGAAGACAAUGACAAGGGUCGCUAUUCUAGGCAGUGAAAAUGGUUUCUUGGCCCCCGUAAUGCAAGUCAGAGAUAAUCCAGAGAUGUGGACUUUAUUGCUACAUGGGAAUUACAUUUAAAUUGGAGGGCAUUUUAUAUAAAGCAAAACUAUACAUCUAGUAAUUGUGGUAUAUUUAGUUAUAUUUAACGUAUUUUCUAGAAAGCAGAUGAUGUUUGUAUCCAUGAUAAAGUUUUUACACAAAGUCUACUGCUUCAAUUUAUCUAGUUCCAUCGAGACAAUUAGUUUUCAUUGUUAGUAACUAAAAAUAUAAUUAACAUCACUCUAAAAACUUGCCGAUUUAACACUCCAAAAGUUUCUACUAAGGUUUAACACUCCAGAAGUUUCUACUAAGGACUGUUUUUAUAAAACUGCCAUAGCUUCUCAUUUAGAAUUGUUUAAAAUCGAGAGACAAUACUUUCACUAAUUGUACCUACUGUGCCAACCGAAAGUCUUAAUAAGCAUCUUCAUAAUUGUGAGGUUGCUGAGGUAGUGUGCAAGGUUUUCAAUUAAGUCAGUGAAUAUAAGGAGAUCUACAGUGUUAAAAGUGUUGUAAACAGUUACUCAGUGCAAUAUGUAGCUUGAAUCCAUCUAGGAUGGCUGUACCCAAUUUUGAUAUGAUGUUAUGGGUAAAUAUGCACUGGAAAAUAAACCAAAGAACCACAGUGUAUCCUAUACUUUUGUAAACCAUGUUUUGUAGAUAACUUUUCAGUUUUCCCAAAAGUCUGAUAUAUUUCAAUAUUUUGAUUACAUCUGUGCUAAUUUUGACUGGCAGAGGUAACCUAACCAACUACCAUUAUGUUUGGUACUGGAUAUAGUACAUUUCAAUAAAGUUACUGAAAUGCA